AUGUUGUGCAGCUAUGAUCCAAGUUCAUACCAACAGAACUGCGAGCAUGAAACCCUGCAAAGAGCCUGCUUGGCGGCCUGUCAGCCAUCGUGCGAAAAUCAGUGCCCCAUUUCCAUGAAGAGAAAUCUCUGUCAACGUGUUUGUAGUUCUGCGUGCAUAAGCUCUUGCCAGAAUACUCAAUUGGUCCCAAAAGCAACUACUGCAAGUCUGAAUUGUCCGUUCCGCUGCUUGCCACAGUGUGACUUGAACUGCCUGCAAAAAAGUGAUGGUCAAGCGGUCCCAGCAGCAGUAGGCACAAAAAUCUCAUGCUCUCCGUCCUGUCAACCACGGUGCGAACCAGAGUGUACUCAAUGUAUUCCGGCGUGUCAACCGUUUUGCACUCAAGAAUGUCUUAAUCUGCACUGUAUGGCAGAGUGUCAACCUUUAUGUACACCACAAUGUAUUUUAGCUCAUUGUCCGCAGUUAUGUCAACCUCUGUGCUCUUCCCAGUGCAUAGCUGCUCAGUGUGUCCCGGAAUGUCAACCACUGUGUGCACCCGAGUGUAUUGCUAAUUAUUGUCCCGAGAGUUGUAGACCUACCUGCAAAGCUGACUGCAUCAUGCAGCAAUACGAUGCGUUUGGGAAGAAAGACAAAAAAUUGAACAAUUCGAGCGAGUGUUUUGAUAGCCUCAAAAAAGAGUGGGACAACAAUGGGUUAUCGAAAGAUUUUGAAAAUUGUUGGGAAAAAUGUACUACAUCAAACAACUCACAAGUCGUCAGUGACGAUUUCGGGACGUGUUCAGAAGUUUGCGACCACAAAUACUUCAAACAGAUGCAAGCCGAAAAGACGUAUCAAAUUUCCGUACCAGAAGAAUUGGAAUCGAUCAACUCUUCUAGCAACGCAGCAUCCCUCGGCUUUGAACAGGAGAUUAAUGAGCAGGGUUCAUACAUUUACGCACCAUGUUUUUCAAAAUGUAAAUCAGAUUGUGAGGGCUACUGUCUCAACAGCACAGCAGAAAAUAUAAAAAAUGGCAACAUUUUUUGCACCGGUAUAUGCGAAGAUCAGUGCCAAUUCUAUUGUGAUGGAAAUCCGAGAUAUUUUUCAGAAAAUCUCUGCAUUGAAAAUUGUAUGCCUCAGUGUGGUCCUCAAUGUAUUUUCAAAAUGGAACCUGAAAUAUUUCAAUAUCAAUGUAUUCCUUCAGAUUUCCUUCAUUGCACACCAAACUGUAACGAUAGCCUUAAUAUUUCAUUGUGUGAUUGUAGUUUCCGCUGCAUGCCGGACUGUAGGCCUGAAUGCAUUUAUGGUUCCACUGACCACCAGAACAGCCAAGAAGCUCCUAAAAGUAACAAAAUGGCGACUAUUUUGUUGAGAUACGAUCAAGAUAGCUCAUAUUUGUCCUCAAACGUUUCUCCGGCAUUUGAACUGCAAGAACAAGGCACUGGUAAUUGCAGUGGACUUUUGAUUCCCAACUGUUCCAACAGUUGCAUAGAUAGGUUUUCAGAUUGUUUUGGUCCCUGUCUGUAUGAGUGUAUCGGUUCUGAAACUAUGAAUUCUCAGUGGAAUUCCUGUCAGCGACCCUGUCUCGUUCAUUGUAGUUCCACUUGUGGUGAUCAAAUAAAAAACGAACAGUGGAACUGGAACUGCUUACCCUUCUGUGCAGAGCAAACCGCUGAUACGCCUUCAGUCAAAAUUUGUUCCUUGAAGUUAGAGAGUCCUGAAAAUGCAAACCGAAACUAUUAUCAAUCGUUGUUACCUCCCUCCAGGUCGUCCUGUGUAUCACCGUAUUUGAGAAGUGACGUUAGCUGUGUCACUCAACGUCAGUUUCAAAACCCAAUAAAUGUUGGCACUGACUUGAACUUAGUUUCGCGAAAAAGCUCGACAAAGGAGCCACAUAUGUUAAAUCCUUGUGGAAUUAAUGCAGACAGUGCUGCAUGGAUCCCUUCAAAUGACAGGCAUUCGGAACAGAGGAAAUUUAAAACAUUUAGCAGUUGUAACACGACAAGAGUGUUUCCAGGACAGUGUUGCAAUUGUCAAACGAGUAGCUCUGUAAGCUCAGUCACCUGUGGGAAGUCUUCAGGAACUUGUGAGUCAGAAGCACUUCCUACUCCUCUGUUUAACGAUAGCUGCAUAAAUUUAGGUCCAGAGACGCUACAGCAAAUUGGUAAAGCGGUGCUUUCAGAAUGUUUGCCUGUCUGUAUGCCCAUGUGCCUUCAACUAUGCAACCAGUGGUUUGAAAACAAUUCAAAACCGCCUAGCACUUGUAAUUCCAAUUCAGAUUCUUUUUCAUAUCCGUCUUCUUCUAAUUCUCGGGCAAGUUUUACACCUUUUGACUGUCCAUACGUUAAUUGCCUUCCAAAGUGUACAUCACAAUGUGUUCAGCGGGAACUACAGGCCUGCCCUCUUCCAUGUCGUCCUAACUGUUAUUCAAAAUGCAUCAGGAGAUAUAUUUUGGAAGAGCUAAAGAAAGAGAGGCAGUGUGCGGGAGCAGGUAAGUUGGAAGGCGAAAAUCUUUCAGAUUACAAUGCAAAAGAUGGUCUAGAUCACAGCAGAGAUUACGAAAGCGUGCCAUAUUAUGACGAUUAUUCAUUAGGUGAUCAGGAAUUUGAUUUUGAAAACUAUGGUUCUGCUGAAGCAGCAAGUACCGGGAACCAAGAAGCAAGUGAAAGUGGGACCCAUUUGUCAGAAUCCGCAAACACAACUCAAAAAUCUGUGCCUUCACAAAUUACUGAGGCGGACCCUGGUGUCACGAUCACGACUCCAGAGAUGAUUUUGGUAGAAAUAAGCACCGCAGCAGGAAAAAUAGCUACCAGCGACAGCGACAGUGUAAGAUUUAUUAUGUCGCAGAAAUAUGGCUUAAAUUAG